UUUUUUUUUUUUUUUUUUUUUUUGAGAGAGAAAAUUCUUUCAUCGUGUGGCUAAUUUGUUUGGCUAGUUAGAUCAUUAAUCUCACUAUUCUCUCCUUAAUCACCUCUUAAAAUGCCGCAUCAUCUUCAUCUUCACUUCUCUUUUGCCUGAAGCUCCCAACUGGUUAAGUUUUGUGCGGUGGAGCUGAGGAUGUAGUUCUCUAUUUCUCAUGAAUAUGCACAAAAUGGAACUGCUGAAAUCCCAUGGCUGUCAAAGUACCGAUGAUCAGGACAUGAAUGCAGCUCCGAGUCCCCCAAGAACGGACGGUGAGAUUAUGAGCAGCCUCAUGAGGAAUGAUCAAAGGGAAAGGAUCAAGUGUUGGUGGGAAUAUAGUAAGCCCAAGAAGAAGCGUGGCUUGCACCAAGGAAACAAAAUCAUAUCUCCUCAACUCUUCAAAGAUCAUGAUGAUCAUCACUUCAAUGGAGGACUUGCGUGCACCAUAGAAAACCCAUCUGAUCAGAUAUGCCCAGCUUUGCUCUUCCCCCUUGUUUACCACUUCUGCCAGGCUAUGGUAGGAGUGGAUGAAAUGUCAUUGUUGAAAAAAGAAGCAGCUGCUAAUUUCAUCAUGUGCUCAUCAUGGGGUGAUAAUCAUGGAACACGCAAAGAACAACAUCAACAUGUUCAUUGUCUUGCUCUUUCUGAAAUUGGCCUUGUACGGAACUAGGAAUAUGAGUCACUACGCCGUACAAGUUAUGGCUUGGUAGACGUGUAUCUAUUCCAUGUCCCGUGACGAGUUCCCCUUUCAAACUUCAAACUUUCAUGUGGUCGCGUGUUAUGCCUACACCUGGUCACAUAUUGUCCGAUCUAGUGGUAUAGUAUUGGUUUGUUUACUGUGUUGUAAGUUUUGAGUAAUCAAGAACAUUGAGCCUGAGUAUAUAUAACCCAAAUACUGGGAAUCACGACAAUGUUGUUGUAGUAACUAGAAUUAUGUUUUUACAACUUCUAAUUUCCUACGUGUGUUGUAAUCUUUUUCAAUAUAAUUAUAACUAUUUUCCAUAUA